CGACCCUACUUACUAAGAGCUGAGAGCUCAGCUCAGAAGGCAGUGAGACAGAGACAGCGCACAGCCGGCGAUGACAGUGGACGACGAGAGCUCUGUGUACGUCGGAGGGCUGCCGUACGACUCCACGGAAGACUCCCUCCGCAAAACCUUCACCCGCUACGGUUCCGUUGUCGCCGUUAAGAUUAUCAAUGACCGCUCAACAAGAGGAAAAUGCUAUGGCUUUGUUACUUUCACCAAUCCUCGAUCGGCUGCUGAAGCCAUCAGUGACAUGGAUGGCAGGACUAUAGACGGGCGACUUGUGAGGGUGAAUGGAGUAAGGACAAGAGGUGGGAGGUUUGGCUUUGGGCGAGAAAAUUUCCGGCAGAUUGACGAUACACACAUGGAGUAUCGAAGUGGAGCUAGAGACCGAGAAAGGGGUUACGACCAUGGUAGGGACCGGCAAUGGGAUAGGCAUAGUGAGAGGUCUCGAGAGAGAGAUCAGUCCCGAGAACAUCAUUAUCACGACAGAGAAAGAGUGCAUGAUCAUUUUCAUGAUCAUGAUCUCAAAGAAGUAAGGGAUGAUAUGGUGGAGAGAGAUCAAGCUCUGGACAGAGACGCUGAGGAUAAUGAUCUUGAACCCGAUAGAGAUCGUGAAAGGAAUCAGGAUGCGGAUUUGGAUGGAGAGAUGGAUUUAAACAUUGCACAUGAUGGAGAUGGAUUGAAAAGGAAAAGGAAGGGUUCUAGUCUUGAGGAGCAUCACAGUAGGGAGUUCUUGUCAGAUUCAGAUUAUGGGAAUUAUGAUGAGGUUAAGGAACAACUGGAAGCUUCAAUUCAGAAACGUGAAGAACUAAAGGAAGAGAUAUCUCGCUUGGAGCAAAGUUUGGACGAGAAGAGACAAGUUGUCUUGGAUUAUGAGAAGAAAUGCAAGAAACUGGAAGAUUCCUUGACAUCCGCUAAAAAGCUGACCUCUCAGCGGAGAAUGCAGUUGACGAAGCUCCUCAAGUGUUAUCUUCAAGUUAGAGAUUACACUAAGAAACUUAAAAGUUCUGAGCAGGAACUCCAGUCUGUUGUUGACUCGGCAUGUAAAGAAGCUGACUUGGGAGACGAUAUUGGCUUAAGGAAUGGAUUAGUCAAUGGCAAAGCUUGAUAUGUUAUCAAUCCCAUCAAACAUCUAGUCGAAGAGAAGAUUUUCUGUAUAUUUCAGUGCAUGGCACCGAUUGGUUUUCUUUGUUUUAAUUUUCUCCUAAACUCAGUUUAUGUGAGAGUGGUUAAUCGGUGACAUGAUUGUGUUUUUGUCUUUCUCCCUGGUGGGACCACAAAAAUCACUAGCAUAUUAACUAA